AUGACAGAAACUAAAGUUCACCAAACACGCAAAUUCAAGUUCAAAAACACCACAAACUCAAGUUCAAACAAGACACAAACUCAAGUUCAACCACAACACAAACUUAAGUUCAACAAUUGCCACCAAUUAAUGUUCACCAAAAACCAAAGACUCAAGUUCAACAAGCACACAAACUCAAAUUCAACCAAUACCCAAUUCUCAAGUUUAACAAAUUCCACACCCUCAAGUUCAAAAACACCAAAAACUCAAGUCAAAAACAUGACACAAGCUCAAGUUCAACAAACACACAAACUCAUGUUCAACCAACACCUGAUUCAAAGGUUUAACAAUUUCCAAUACCUCGAGUUCCAAAACAACAGAAACUCAAGUUAA